ACCUUUCUUCACACAACCUACAAUCGUCGCCAUGUUCUCCGCCACCCGCUCGACAAUGGCCCUGGGCCUGCGCGCCAAGCCUACCGCCGCCCUCAUCCCCUUCACUCGCGCUGCCCCUGUCGCCUUCAUCCACAGCUCGUCAACAAAGUCGGCAACCAUGGAGAGACCUGGCCUGGUCAAGGGCAACCCCGGCACCCCGCCACCCAUGAAGAAGGGCAUGCCCACAAACGUCCCUCUUCCCAGCCAGGAGGGCAAGCAGGGUGUCAUGCAAUACGCUUUGACCACUCUUGAUCAAAUCGCAAACUGGGCUCGUCAGGGUUCAUUGUGGCCCUUGACCUUCGGUCUCGCUUGCUGCGCCGUCGAGAUGAUGCACUUGUCCACUCCCCGUUACGACCAAGAUCGCAUGGGUAUCAUUUUCCGUGCCUCGCCUCGUCAAUCCGAUGUCAUGAUUGUCGCCGGUACCUUGACCAACAAGAUGGCUCCCGCCCUCCGUCAGGUCUACGAUCAGAUGCCCGACCCCCGUUGGGUCAUCUCCAUGGGCUCAUGCGCCAACGGCGGUGGCUACUACCACUACUCUUACUCCGUCACCCGCGGCUGUGACCGUAUCGUUCCCGUCGACAUCUACGUCCCCGGCUGCCCGCCCACCGCCGAAGCCCUCAUGUUCGGUAUCUUCCAGCUCCAAAAGAAGAUGAGACACACCAAGAUCACCAGAAUGUGGUACCGCAAGUAAACGCUUCGCGAGGCUUGUAAAAUGCUGGCUGCUUUUUCUCUUUUCUCAUAUCAUUCAUGGGCGUUUUAUAUACUUAUGAGGGGCUGGAGCAUCAUGCUGUAGCGCUUCACACACGGGACUGUGUAAAUACUUUGACUUUUUUUUUU